AAUCUAAGCAGCAUUUUUUUUUGCAUGAGAGCCCUUAUCCUUAACCCCUUAAAUAACUAAUUUAAUCUGCUGCUUUUUAAUGGAUUUUUGAAGAAUAGUUUCCUUAUUCUUCUGGUGGGAUCAUGGAAGGGGAAAAAAGCAACCUAUCGUCUAUUGGCUGUCUAGAUAAAUAAAUAAUCACUCUAUUUUUCAAUUAUACACAGCCUUAAAGUAUCCAUGGUAAUAUUCCUUUUUGUUUGCAUGAAUAAUAAUAAUAAAUGACUUUUAUAUAUGCUUUAAAAGUUUAUAAAGCUCUUCAUAUGCUCAACAUACUUUGAUUCUUAUUAUAAUCCCAUAGGUAGGUAUACUAAUAUAUCCUCAUUUAACAGAUAAGUCACAAAGUCUUUUUGAGCUUUGGUUUCCUUAUCUAUAAUUUCACAGCUGAUAAGCCCCAGGAGUGUACUUUUAGCCUAAGGGUCUCUUGACCCCAAGUCCUGGAUUCUUUUACGGAUUUGCAAUACCUGCCUAUGCUCAACCAUAAUGGAAAAUUAAGAAUAAAGGUCAAAAGUUUCCUGUUUAUAAAAGGUUUACAGUAUCUUCAAAGCAACACUAUAAGAUACAUAGUACAGAUAUUAGCCUUGUAUUAACAUUAGGAAACUAAGCCCAAAGAUUAUAAUACAAAGUUACAAAGCUGAAGUUAGAAGCUCUUCCUACUCUUGAAGUAUCUUGAAAUUUAAAAAAAAUAAGAAAUAUUAUAUACAUUGGAGGUAUUAUUAUCAUAGUAUAAUUUUAACAAAGAAUAACAAAUUUCCUCUUCUUUCUUCAUUGGUUAUAAUGUUCCAUUUUGAUCUUUGAAAGAGUACAAUAUGUUGCCAUUGUCCAAACCCACAUGAAAUCAUUUUUACUGGGUUCAAGCUUUUAUACCUACUUUUACAUAUAAUAUGAUCACCAUUUGUCGAUUAUGCUAAGAAACUGAGAUAACACCUCAGUACUACAGUGAACUUAACACAUCUAAUAGGCAGUGCCUCCAAGCCUCUUAUGUCACUGCUUUGUUUCAGAAUGUCUGGGUGAAAAAGGAAGAAAUGAGCCUUUGGCAAAUGGAUCAUACAGAAGGGAAAAAUGAAGACUUUGCCAAGUGAUAAAUAAUGCACAAAAUAUAACUGAAAGGAAAAGAAAAAGUUUUUACUCUAUUAGAAAGGUCUUGGCAUGGCGCUCCAUUACAAUUCACUUGGCAAAAGACGUUGGGAAACUACCUAGCAGUGACAGGAGCUGACCAUACUGUAAAAAUCUUUGAUCGUCAUGGUCAAAAAAGAAGUGAAAUUAUUUUGCCUGGUAACUGUGUUGCUAUGGAUUGGGAUAAAGAGGGAGAUACCCUAGCAGUGAUUUCUGAGAAAUCUAGUUCCAUCUAUUUGUGGGAUGCCAGUACAAAUAAAAUUAGCCAAUUGGACAGUGGCAUGAGGGAUCAAAUGUCUUUUCUUCUUUGGUCAAAAUAUGGAGCGUUCUUAGCUGCUGGAACUGUGAAGGGAAAUUUGCUUAUAUAUAAUCGUCAGACUUCUAGAAAGAUCCCUGUCCUUGGUAAACACACGAAGCGAAUUACAUGUGGCUGUUGGAGUUCAGAGAAUCUACUGGCCUUAGGAAGUGAAGAUAAAAUGAUAACAGUUAGUAAUCAGGAAGGGGACACUCUCAGACAGACUCCAGUCCGAUCAGAGCCUAGUGAUAUGCAGUUUUCAACAAUGAAGACUGAUGACAGAAACUCUACUUCUGAAAGCACAAUAAGUGUGGUGGUUGGCAAGAAAACUUUAUUUCUUUUCAAUCUGAAUGAUCCAGAUAGCCCAAUUGAUCUGGAAUUUCAGCAGCGUUAUGGCAGCAUUGUUUGUUACAGUUGGUACGGAGAUGGCUAUAUAAUGAUUGGUUUCUCACGUGGAAUUUUUGUUGUCAUUUCAACUCAUAUUCGAGAAAUUGGUCAAGAGAUCUUUCAGGCUCGGAACCACAAGGAUAACUUAAGUAGUAUUGCAAUAUCACAGUCCCUUAACAAAGCCGCCACGUGUGGGGACAAUUGUAUUAAAAUCCAUGACCUCUCAGAACUAAAAGAAAUGUAUGCUAUAAUAAAUAUGGAUGAUGAAAAUAAAGGCUUGGGUAGUCUGUCUUGGACAAAUGAUGGCCAGUUGCUGGCAGUGUCUACUCAAAGAGGCUCACUCCAUGUUUUCCUGACCAAACUUCCUGUUCUUGGGGACAACUGCAGCACACGGAUUGCAUAUCUCACCUCCCUCCUCGAAGUGACAGUAGCCAAUCCUGUCGAAGGAGAGCUACCCAUUACAGUGUCUGUUGAAGUGGAGCCCAACUUCUUAGCUGUUGGUCUUUAUCAUCUAGCUGUGGGGAUGAACAAUCGGGCCUGGUUCUAUGCACUUGGAGAGGGCUAUGUGAAAAAACUGAAAGACGUUGAGUAUCUGGGAACAGUCGCUAAUAUGUGCCUUCAUUCUGACUAUGCUGCUGUACUUUUUGAGGGCAAAAUUCAGUUACAUAUGAUAGAAAGUGAGAUUUUAGAAGCCGAAGAAGAACGUGAGACUCGACUUUUUCCAGAGGUGGAUGACAGAUGUCGAAUUUUGUGCCAUGCUUUAACUGGAGAUUUCCUGAUUUAUGGCACAGAUACUGGUGUUAUUAGGUAUUUCUUUAUUGAAGACUGGCAAUAUGUGAAUGAAUAUCGACAUCCUGUUGGUGUGAAAAAAGUUUUUCCUGACCCUAAUGGGACAAAAUUGGUAUUCAUUGAUGAAAAAAGUGAAGGAUUUGUCUACUGUCCUGUUAAUGAUAUCAGCUAUGAAAUUCCAAAUUUCCCACCAACUAUUAAAGGUAUUCUUUGGGAAAACUGGCCUUUGGAUAAAGGUGUAUUUAUUGCCUAUGAUGAUGACAAGGUGUAUACAUUUGUCUUUCAUAAGGAUACUAUACAAGGUUCCAAGAUAAUUUUGUCAGGUGGUACCAAAGUUCCAUUUUCUCAUAAACCAUUGCUGUUAUAUAAUGGAGAAUUAACGUGCCAGACACAGAGUGGAAAAACCAACAAUAUCUAUCUUACCACCCAUAACUUCCUUGGCAGUUUAAAAGAGCCUGAGCCCAGUGAACUGAAACAAAUGCUGACACAGGCUUUAAUGCUGAAAAGAUUUUCUGAUGCAUGGGAAUUGUGCAAAAUCCUCAAUGAUCAAGAUACUUGGAACGAACUUGCCAGAGCCUGCCUACAUCACAUGGAGGUGGAGUUUGCGAUCCGAGUUUACCGGACAAUUGGAAAUGUUGGCAUGGUGAUGUCUCUGGAACAAGUAAAGGGAAUAGAAGAUCAUAACCUGCUGGCAGGACAUCUUGCCAUGUUUUCAAAUAAUUUCAGUCUGGCUCAGGAUCUUUAUUUGUCAUCUAUCUAUCCCUUUGCUGCACUGGAGAUGAGACGAGAUUUACAACAUUGGGACAGUGCGCUACAGCUUGCUAAACGUCUUGCUCCAGAACAAAUACCAUUCAUAUCAAAGGAGUAUGCUAUUCAGCUUGAGUUCACGGGUGAUUAUGUAAAUGCUUUGGCUCAUUAUGAGAAAGGAAUAACAGGUGAUGAUAAGCACCUAGAACAUGAUGAGGCCUGUCUAGCUGGAGUGGCUCAAAUGUCUAUUAGAAUGGGAGAUAUUCGCCGUGGAGUUAACCAAGCUGUCAAACAUCCAAGUCGACUCCUGAAAAGGGAUUGUGGUGCUAUUCUGGAAAAUAUGAAGCAAUUCUCAGAAGCAGCCCAACUGUAUGAAAAAGGGCAGUACUAUGACAAAGCAGCAUCUGUUUAUAUUCGCUGUAAAAACUGGGCAAAAGUUGGUGAGCUUCUGCCUAACGUUUCUUCUCCUAAGAUCCAUCUACAGUAUGCCAAAGCUAAAGAAGCAGAUGGAAGGUAUAAAGAAGCUGUUGUUGCUUAUGAAAAUGCAAAACAAUGGAACAGUGUGAUCCGAAUCUAUUUGGAUCACCUUAAUAAUCCCGAAAAGGCUGUCCAAAUUGUCAGAGAAACCCAGUCUCUCGAUGGAGCCAAAAUGGUAGCCAGAUUCUUUCUUCAGUUGGGUGACUAUGGCUCUGCUAUCCAGUUUCUCGUUAUGUCCAAAUGUAAUCAUGAGGCUUUUACCCUAGCCCAGCAGCACAAUCAGAUGGAGAUCUAUGCAGACAUCAUUGGUUCUGCAGACACUAGUAAUGAAGACUAUCAGAGCAUCGCAGUAUACUUUGAAGGAGAGAAGAAGCAUCUUCAAGCUGGAAAAUUCUUCUUCUUAUGUGGCCAAUAUGCACGGGCACUUAAACAAUUCUUGAAAUGCCCCAACACAGAAGAUAAUACAGCAAUAGAAAUGGCCAUUGAAACAGUUGGGCAUGCUAAGGAUGAAAUUUUAACUAAUCAGCUAAUUGAUCAUCUCUUGGGUGAGAGUGAUGGUAUGCCUAAGGAUGCCAAAUAUCUUUUCCGCUUGUACAUGGCUCUGAAACAAUACAGAGAAGCUGCUAGGACUGCUAUUAUAAUUGCCAGAGAAGAGCAAUCAGCAGGAAACUAUCGAAAUGCCCACGAUGUUCUCUUCAGCAUGUAUGCAGAGUUAAAAACCCAGAAAAUCCAGAUCCCUUCCGAGAUGGCUACGAAUCUCAUGAUUCUGCACAGCUACAUUUUAGUGAAGAUUCAUGUUAAAAGUGGAGAUCAUAUGAAGGGAGCCCGAAUGCUUAUUCGAGUGGCCAACAACAUCAGCAAAUUCCCAUCACACAUCGUACCUAUCUUGACUUCUACAGUCAUAGAGUGUCACCGAGCAGGCCUAAAAAACUCUGCUUUCAGUUUUGCUGCUAUGUUGAUGAGACCCGAGUAUCGCAGUAAAAUAGAUAUCAAAUAUAAAAAGAAAAUUGAAGCAAUGGUGAGGCGACCUGACACAUCAGAAAUUGAAGAAGUCUCAACACCAUGUCCAUUUUGUGAAUUCCUGCUCCCUGAGUCUGAACUACUCUGCCCUGGAUGCAAAAAUAAUAUUCCAUAUUGCAUCGCCACUGGUCGGCAUAUGCUAAAAAAUGACUGGACUGUGUGUCCACACUGUGACUUUCCUGCUUUAUAUUCAGAAUUCAAAAUCAUGCUCGCUACAGAGAACACAUGUCCUAUGUGUUCAGAGAGGUUAACCAGUGAUCAGCUUCCAAAACCAACAGAUUUUACACCACACCCCAAAGAAGUGGAACAAUGAGUGAUGAUACAUCCAGGUACUAAAGUAGUUCAGUCAACCAGUCAACAAGUACACACAGCCCCAGGGUAAAAGAGAGAGAAAUACUUACAAUGGGACAAAUCCAAAGAGUACUCCAGUGGAAGAUGUGUGAGGACUAUCUAUCUAGUAGUGCUAUUUUUUCAACAGCUUUCACAUUGAGGAUUAACCUUCAAAAUGAGAAGACAUCUUGAGAUUUAUCUUCUUCAGUAGUGAUGCUAUUAUUUAAACCAUUUUUGGACUUCUUUCUUUUAGAUUGCCGUUUGCCAAUUUAUGAAUCAUCCAAGAAAAUAGGUCUCUUUUUUCAAAUCAACAAAUGUUUAUUAAGCCCCUGCUAUAUAUACAAAGUACUACACUAAAGCAUUAAAUUUAUAAAAAAUAAUAAUAAACCUGAUAUUUGCAUAGUACUUUAAUAUUUAUAACUUAUUCAUUGGAUCCUGAUAAGGUAAGGUAGAAGGUAAACAAACUCUACAGAUUUUUCCCAUUUUAUAGGUGAGGGCUCUGAAGCAGAAAGGUUAAGUGAUUAUGCUACGGCCGCUAAUUCAUCAAUGUCAGAGGUGGGAUUCGAACAGUUUCUCCCGACUCCCCAGCCCAGCCCAGCCCAGACUGAGUGCAAGGGGCCCUGCUGCCAGCCCGCAAAAAGCCAACUUCUCCGGGGGAUGCCCAAGCACAAGCACAGAAGAGCACAAGAGGCGGGCGCCAGCUGAGGCGGGCACCUGUCCUGCCAGCAGCGUCACGCUCAGCCCCUGAGGAUCCUGAGAGCCUGAGACAAGUUCACGGGGCCUGGGGGCUUGUGUGCUCACUGAAUUGAAACUGAGUUUGCGAUUUGCAGAGUGAAUGGAAGCUAUCCCCAGCUGCUCAGAGCCCUGCACAAUGUCAAUCAGGCCUUCACAGCCUGUGUACUAAAAAAUGAAAACCUCUGCCGAUGGAAGCUCUCAAGGGCAGUGACACUGUUCCCUGAGGUCUUUCUCCAGUGCACAGAGUAAGUACUUAAAAGACAACUUGAUCGACAGAAAUGGCUCAUGACAACACACACGGAGUUUCCCCAACUCCCUGAAAAUGAGGCUAUUGUCAAAGGUUCAGAAAUUGCGCCAGAAUAAAGUAGAGCUGAUGUUUAUAUUCAGCAAUCCAAUUCUAUGACCAGCAAGUAAUACGGAAACUGCACCAAAGGUUCUUAACACGCACCUCGGGGAUUUUUUUCCCCUUCUACCUUGUUUUAUAAACAGUAUUUCAAUAGAAUUGGUUUCUCUGUAAGCCUACAUAGAUCUUAUUUUCUGAUUUUAAAAACAUUAUGAGAGAAAAUGUCUGAUGCAAAAUAAGGUUAAGAAGCCCUGAGCUAAACUCUCAACAUUCCACAUGUAUUCAGUGGUACUGAAUCGAGUUAGGAAGAUGCCAGUUCUAUUUUAUAGGCACAAUCUCAACUACAUAAAUAUACAUAUUCAUUUUUUCCGAAUUCUGUGACUUACCUUACAUGACUAAAGGUCUACAAAACAAAGACUAGACAACAACCACCAUUUUUAUCAACAAGUGAGAGAGAGGGGAGUUUCAUUUCCCCCAACCCCUGCACAUUUUUUUUAUAUUAAUAUAUAGUAAUACUUUCUUCAUAAGGAAGUUAGAGGAAAUAGAUCCAGACCAGAUUGAAUUAGCACAAAUUUUAAAAAUUGUUUUGAGUAUCAGAGAUUCAUAAUUAUUCUUUAAAGGAAAAAAGUCAUUCUUUCUUGAAGUCUCCUUAUUCAAGAAGCAGCUACCCCAAGGAAUGUUAAGCUUCCUUAAAGGUAAUAAUAAUUUCUGUUCUGCUUCAAUGAUUCACUGAAAAAUGUAAUUUAGCAGCUCUUAAAAGCCAACUGUUUUCAACUCCAUCCCAACUUAAUAUCAAUCGUCACUCAAUACUUCAUUCCUUUUAUCAAUUCUUUGUACCUUAAUGAUUUCCUACAUAUUUUAUCUGUCUUUCUUGAAUAAAAAAGGUUCAUUCAG